AUGCUGAGGCCAGAGCAUGACAAUCAUAAUCACUUGGCCAUUUCAAGACUUAUAAUCGAUAAGGUGGCUGCUCGGGGCGCAGAGGCAGGAAUGACUAGUUCAGCUCGAAAUAAACAAAAAGCGAGAGAUUACGGUAGAGCCAGCCGGAUGUGCAUGGUGCUUGCUUCUGCCUCUCUUCUCUUGGCUAAACGAGUAAUAUGGACACCACUCCACCCAUGCCUGCAACACUGCGUCCUACUGCCUGCCAUAGGCCAUCGAUGGCCAUCAGUAUAA